AUGGAGCGCGUGCCGAUCCGUCUCGGUUCCCUCCGGACGUCAUUAAAGCCUUCUUGCAACGUUUCAGCCUCUAAUCUCUGCGAAGAAGGUACAACACUAACUAGUGCUUCACUAUCUCGAGUCUGUCGCGUUUGCACGACGCAAGAAGCAAGAUAUACGUGUCCACGCUGCAAUACUCCGUACUGUAGUGUGAACUGUUAUCGUUCGCAUGGCGAAGACUGUACUGAGAAAUUCUUUGAAAGUCAUGUGCGUGAUGAGAUGAAAAUCAUAUCAAAUCGAAGAAGCAACGAUGGGAGGAUACAGCAAAAGAGUAUUCAAGAGCUACUAGAACGAGUGCGAGUAUUCCAGAAUGAACAGCAGCAGUUGGUAGACGAUGAAAACGAGGAGGAAAUGCUGACUAGUAGAAUGGAAGAGCUAGCACUUCUUGAUAAAUCUGGACAAUUGACGUUUGAUAGUUUAACAGAAGAAGAGAAGCGGAAGUUUUUGAGAGAAGUAGCGGAUGGAAGACUGGGCAAACUCGUAGAGCUCUGGUCGCCAUGGUGGUUGAUGAGUGAACGCAAGUAUCGAAGCGAAACGUCCUCAAGACGCCGUCAAUUAAUCUUUGAGGAGAUCAAUGAGGAAGAUCAGGUGGAUAAGACUGCCGUGGAGCCUUUGGGUUUGUAUCCCAUUGGGAUCUUUACACACAAUGAUGCGCAGCAGUUGCCGAAGAGUAUUUGUGAUUUAUUGCCAGGUGGGAAGCAUCCGUCACCACUAUUGCGAUUUCAUUUAGUCGAAAUGCUAUCGGCGUACGCAUUGGUGCUUCGAGUAUACAAUGGAGACUACACACAAGAUAUAAUAGAAGCGGCAUUCAUGUUAAUGGACCUUUGUUGUGUUCUCAAUGAAGACACACGCUACGAAAGUCUGGAGCAUGUUUGUCUUGCUUGUCUCGAGAAACAGUCUUCGGCAGGCCCUGCAGCAAAUAUGCUUGCACUCCAAGACGCGCAGCAAAUCCUACGUACAGGUGUCUUUCUACUCGAUGCUUUAAGUGACAUGCGUGCAUUAUUUCAACGGUAUCAGCAAGACCUGGAGUUUAGCGUAAAGGUUGACAGGAAGGUCAGAAAGGAGGUAAAGAUUGCAAGAAAGAAACUCACGGCUGUGAUGAGGAAAAUCAGAUUUUAUCAAACUUGGGCAAACCUCACUCCAAUCGAUGAAUUCCAGGCAUUAGCUGCUGAGAUCGCAGUGUACAUAGAAUUCCAUAGAACGUUAGAUAGAUAA